UAAAUUCUCUAGAGUGAAAGGAAAGAAUCUCUCUCUCUCUCUCCACCGCUAGAACCUUGAGCGCAAACACAAAGAGGAAGAGAAAGACUAUAUUUUUUACCCAUUUCUAUCCCAUCACUAAGUGGACAUACAACCCCGGGCUUCAUAACUAGACGCGCCUGCAGUUAUCUGGUGCUUAUUUGAACGUUUUCAUCGCUGCUCCAUUCAUCAACCUGCGGAGAGCAUCGAUCCGUUCCUCCGGCGAGUCAUGGCGAGAGAUCCCGAGCGGAGCAGCUGCCUUCUGCGCGAUCUACGGCAGCGAGCCGGUAACGAGCUGUGCGCGGACUGCGGCGCUGCAGAGCCGGAUUGGGUGUCUGUGACGCUGGGUGUGUUCGUGUGUCAGGGAUGCUCACUCAUCCACAGAAGCAUCGAAAGCCUCAGGCAGGUGAAGUCUGUGCUGCAGGACACAUUUGAAGAUAAAGAAAUCGAGUUGAUCACGUCUAUGGGGAAUGAAGCAGCAAAGGCCAAGUACGAACAGCAAGUUCCUCCGUUUUAUCACCGUCCCUCCCACACAGACUGCAGGAUUUUGAGGGAGCAGUGGAUCAGAGCCAAGUAUGAGAGACAGGAGUUUAUACACAUCGAGAAACAAGAGCCUUAUUCAGCAGGGUACAGAGAGGGCUUUCUGUGGAAACGUGGUCGAGACAACGGGCAGUUCCUCAGUCGCAAGUUCAUUCUGUCUGAACGAGAAGGAGCGCUGAAGUACUUCAACAAGCAGGACGCAAAAGAACCAAAGGCCAUAAUGAGGAUUCAAACCCUAAAUGCUACUUUCCAGCCGGCUAAAAUAGGAAACCCCUGCGGCCUGCAGAUCACCUAUCUGAGAGACAACAGCACCAGGAAUAUCUUUGUGUACCACGAGGACAGUAAGGAAAUGGUGGACUGGUUCACUGCGAUCCGGGCAGCCCGGUUUCAUUACCAGAAGGUGGCAUUUCCUGGAGCUAAUGAUGAGGACCUGGUACCCAGACUCACAAGGAACUUCAUGAAGGAGGGUUACAUGGAGAAAACAGGCCCAAGACACACAGAGGGCUUUAAGAAAAGAUGGUUUACCAUGGAUGAUAGAAGACUAAUGUACUUUAAAGAUCCCUUGGAUGCAUAUGCACGUGGCGAGGUGUUCAUCGGCAGUAAAGAGAACAGCUAUACCGUGGUAUCCGGACUGCCGCCCUCGAUCCAGGGAUACCACUGGAAGUACGGGAUCACCAUUGAAACCCCGGACAGGAAGUUCCUGUUUGCUUGUGAAACCGAAGCAGAGCAGAAGGACUGGAUCGCUGCCUUUCAGAGAGUCGUCAACCGCCCCAUGAUGCCGCAGGAGUACGCAGUUGAGGCUCAUUUCAAGCACAAGCCUUGAUGCUGGCUGUAAACCUGCCUGUGUGUGUGUGCGUGUGUGUGUGCUGCAGGCGGGACGGACUGCACGAUGAACAGCUAUUCUGUCCAAUGAAGCGCUCCGGACCGAGCGAGUACAAGAAACGGCCCCUUCCUACCUUAGUGCUAACGGCUCGGAUGCUGCACUGUGUCGCAGACAUCAACAGAGCGCCGACACUGAGGCUUACUUAUCAUGAAUGUGUAACCAAAGGGUGCCGUCAGCCGAGCUACUGUACACAUAUGGCAUGCGAAUGUUGUUCAUCACUCUUAAUCCUAACAUUUAAUCUGUAAAUCACUAGGUGAGCAAGUACUAAACACCACAGUGCGUUCUGACUGAUGUUAUUUAUUGGAUUUUCCAAGCGAAUGCUGCUGUGACAUUUAGUGAAUCCUCAAGAUGCCAAGCUACACCACUCCGAGUGUCCUUUCUGACCGUCUAGGGCUUUCGCUCAUCAGUAUUGAUCAUUUAAAUGUGUGAAAACCAUGUUAGUGUGACCAGUAUAACCAGAGGUUUCAUAUACUACAGUACAUACUACUUCUGGUGUCUGUGCAGGUGCAGUAUGUCAGAUUUCUACAGACGGUUCUGUUCUUGAUUUAUCCUCCUCCACUAGGUGGAAGCAUAUCCCAGAUUAAGAUUCAUGUGCUCAGCACUGUUUCUUUUUAUGCAAAAUAGGGUUGAUAUUAGCCAUAGACUGAUAUAUCGGCCGAUAUUUGGCCAUUUGGAGAUUAUCUGCUGAAAACCAAGUUGACUGAAUAAAACUAGUGAUAGUUCCCCUUAUCUUUAGUCAAUAGGUACUCGACAACAUUUUUAGGCCUAAAAAAUAUUUAUGCAUAUAAAAUUUGGAUUGAAUUUAACGUGAUGCAUAUUUAUCGUAUAUAAAUGAAACAGGCCAAAUAAACUAAAUGUGUUUUAAAU